AGGUGCUCUGUCAGAGUGACCAGGUCCAGAUCUCCUGGCGCCAAGCAAGUGGUGUCAUGAACUACUUAGUCACGGCCAUGGGGAGCCUCGGGUACGUGGAAGCCUACAACACAACCCAGACCCUUCUGUCAGCCACCCUGCCUUGUGGGCAGGACUACAAUGUCACCGUGCAAGGACAGGGCAGCAAGUGUGACAGCGUCCGUAGCAGCCCUGCCUUCUUCAAAACUCCUCCAUGUGUCCCCCAGGAUGUAAUCACCUACGUUCAGUGUGAGUCUAACAUGGGCUCUGUCAGCUGGGGACCCAGCGAUGGAGCAGAAUCAUAUGUUGCCGUAGCAACUGGCCUUGAUGGCCACAAUCACCAGUGUGUCACCAACACCACCUCGUGCACGUGGACCGACCUGCACUGUAUGGAGGAGUACACUGUUGUAGUGAGAGCCAAGGAGGGCAACUGCACCAGUGUGCCCAGCAACAGCUCGGUCAUCCAUAUGGAUCCCUGUGUGCCUCAGAAUUUGGUUGCCUCUGCGGACUGCAACAUGAAAGUCGUCUCCCUGAGCUGGGAUGCAAGUAACGGGACCAGGUUGUACAUGGUGUCUGCUGAGGGAGGAGACAAUACGACUGGGCUCACCACUAACGUCACCACAGCUCACUUCUCUGACUUAGCGUGUGGACAAAACUACAGCCUCACAGUCACACCUCACAACCCGCAGUGUCCUGGCAGCUCCAGUGCACCGGCUUCCAUACAGACCUGGCCGUGUCCACCUACAGGAAUCUCUACCACGCAGGACUGUCUCUCUGGUAACGUCACGGUAACAUGGCAGGCCGGCAAUGGGUCAGACUACUACACAGUCACCAUGGAAACUGACUCUGGCCUCUCGGAAACAUCCGUGUCCAACUCGAAUCUGAAGAUCAUCCCGGGCCUGACCUGUGGACACAACUUCUCUGUGUCAGUCACCGCCUCCAACCAACAGUGCAACACCACCUCUAGUGAAACCACACGUCUGCACCCAGUUCCAUGUGUCCCCACCAAUGUCUCUGUGGUGAUGGACUGUGCCAACAACACCGCCCUUGUGUCCUGGUCUGCCAGUCGCGGGGCUCUUGAGUACUCAGUGACAGCCCGCGGUGGUCAUGGCAAUGUCAGCUGCCAGACCUCUGACCUCAGCUGCAGCCUUGGCAACCUCACAUGUGGCAGCAGCUACACCGUCCAGGUCGCAGCCGUGGACGACAGCUGCUCCAGUGUCCCGAGCCAGGCUGUGGCGUUAAACUCAGCCCCCUGCCCACCCCAGAACGUGAGUGCCCACUUCAACUGUUCUUCCAACGACAUGACGGUUUCCUGGGACGCCACCAGGGAAGCCGACCACUUCCUGGUGUCAGUGGUCACAGACAACGGAGGAAUCAGCGAGUCAUGUAACAGCACAAACACAGCGUGCUCCCUCCGCAAUGUGACCUGCGGGAAAACCUUCACCGUUCAUGUCACCUCGGUCAGAGGCGGCUGCAGCAGCCAGCAGAGCCAGGCCCACACCGUCCAAUCAGCUCCCUGCCCUCCUCAGGGAAUCAGGGGCAACCUCGACUGUGUCACCAAUUCUGCUUGGAUCUCAUGGGACGCGGGUCCCGGGGCCGACAGCUACACUGUGUCAGCUGUGGGUGGAGGGAACCACACGGCCAACUGCAGCACCUCCAGUAACACCACAUGUGAGGUGGAAGACCUGGAAUGUGGGGUUCUCUAUCAUUUUAGCGUUACUGCUAAAAAUAGCCAGUGUGUGAGUCGACCAGGCGCCACCAUCGACCUGCAGACAGCCCCCUGCUCCCUCUCUGCCAUCACAGCUAUCUCUCAGUGCCACAACUCCUCCAUCCUCGUCAUGUGGGCACUGAUGGAGGGCGGCGGGGGGAACACAGUGUACACCGCCACAGCAGAGGCCAGCGAUCAGAGCCGCCUACAGUGCAAUGACACGGGCACUAGCUGCUACCUGUAUGGAGCGCAGUGUGGCCUCCGUUACACCAUCAUCGUUGCAGCUUCAUCAGACCAGUGCAGCAGCAUGAGGAGUCCUCCCUACAGAAUUAGCAUGGAGCCCUGUCCACCCAGGAACGUGACGGUCGACUCCUCCUGUGAGGACCACCGUGCCCUGGUGUCCUGGACUCGCUCUCCUGUUGCUGAAACCUACAGCGUUGUUGCUAUGGCUGCAGAUGGACACGUGCAUACGUGCAACACCACCUCCAGUAACUGCAGCGUGUCAGAUCUCCACUGUGACGAGCAGUACACAGUAUUUGUAACUGCACACCAUGAGAACUGCUCCAGCAGAGCCAGCCAAAAUGCAACAGUGAAUACAGGUCCUUGCCAGCCAGAUGGAGUCUCAGUAACCUUCCACUGUCACAAUCAGUCUGCAGUGCUUUCAUGGACGCCCAGGGACAACGCUGUAGAGUACUAUGGCUGUGCUCAAUCUGCGAAUGGAGAGAUGCUGUACUGUUAUAGCACAGAUGGAAAUUGCACCAUCGACGGUCUUGAAUGUGGAGCAGUUUACAAUUUCUCUGUCCAGGCCUCAGAUGGCACAUGCAACAGCUCAUUCAGUGAAUCAGUGCAAAGGGGAGCAGUCCCCUGCCCUCCGGACACCGUAGAGGUGCAGCUGCUGCCGAUGCAGACGGAGGUGCAGGUGACGCGUGUCACUUGGACACAGAUUUCCUGCAGAGACACUGAGUACAAGUUGGCGCUGACAGGAAGUUUGCUGGGAGACGGCCAGGCCCUGUUCGAGCUCAGCUCCUAUUGGACAAACCGCACGUACUUUGAGAUUCCUCUCCCCUGUGGUUCGUCCUACGAGGCCACAGUGCAGAGCAGGAACAGUGCUGGUACCAGCAACGCGUCUGUGGCUCUCAGUGGAACAACAGCUCCUUGUCCACCACCAGCAGUGGUGUACAGCGGCAACAGCACCUUUGCCUCAAUUUCCUGGAACGCCUCAGUGUAUGCCACUGCAUACACUCUAUAUGACAACAGUGUGACGCCAAUGACUCAGCUGUGCAGGGUAGUGGGUCUGUCCUGCUCUCUUUCCAACAUCACGUCCAGCAGCCUGGUGAUCACAGCCAGCAACGCAGCGGGAGAAAGUGAAGCGGAACAAAUAACAAACGUGAUACCGCAUGCACGGAGGAGGAGACAUCUUCUGGAAGUGCAGGAUGGAGGCCUUUCAGCUCCCAUUCUACACAUCAGACAAAUAGCUUCGACAGUUGUGUUAGUCGAGUGGGAGCCAGUGGACGAUACAUCCGAGUACAGCCUGGUGAGAAGGCAGCAGGGCAGUUCCAGUCCGCCUGAGGAACUGACAGUCUACGGGGGAAUGAUCCUAGUCACUGAAUUGAGUCCCAGCUCCAACUAUUGUUUCACAGUGUCAGCCAGCAGCUCGGUCACUAGUGGACCCGAGUCAGAGCCUGUGUGUGUGCAAACAGGACCAGGCAUUUCCCAGUAGACAGGGACGCAAUAAUUGUAGACUAGAGGUCUGUGCAGGUCUCCCAAUUUAAUGUGAUGGUCUUUAAGGAUUUGGGGUAUUUACUCACAAUUCACAUUAACUUUAAAGCUUGUAGAAAAUGGGCGUUAGUUUGGGUUACUUUUACAUUUCUGAUGGUUUACCAUAAAGCUGCACAGUUUUUGAGUCUUUAGUGUGUUGUGUAACUGGGAAUACUCUUAUACUGAAGCCCACGGCCUACUACACUGAGCCUUCAUGUAUUUAACUACUCUCAUAUGUGAAAUAUAACUAGAUGUCUUUAAAAUAAAAGCCAGUGGCCUCAAGAUUUGGAAGUUCUUCUUUUCUGUACUUGUGCCGAUUGUAGUUGUACACGUUUUGUCUGCUCUUGGUUGAGGUUAUAUAUUUUUUUAACUGGGGGUUUGUUCCUCCUGCUUUUUAUGUCAGUAAUAUAUCAGGAAGUGUUGCACAUGUCCAGAGUAUUCACGUGAUUGUCAUUUCUGAAUGUAUAUUUAACAUGGAAAUUAUU